AUGCGUGAACAUCACGUCGAUGUCUCAAGGGUGGUCAACCAGCUAGACCGUUUCCGGUUCAGUGAUGAUCAAGGACCGGGCAGACCGGAACCAUAUACAGGCGCGAAUUACGGGUACUACGAUCCGCACAGCAAUUCCGGUUACGAGCUGGACACGCCCCCACCCCCUGUCUACCCACGGCGGGAAAGUCGUCAGGAUUACUAUGACAACUGCCGAGACGGGCCUGGCAGUUCACAAACUAAUGGAUACUAUGGUGAUGACUACUCUCGGAGCUACGAGGUGAGGGAUGAAUAUCCGGUUAGAUUGGUGCAUGCAACUGGUGUUGUCGCAGAGACUGUUCUCGGCCCUGUUCACUCACAACCAGCUACGGUCUGGGCUUCACAGACCGCGCCGGCCACCGCUAACACUACGGUAGAUGAAAAUGCGAGGAGAGCGAUAUCUGCCAUACCACCUUCUACCCAGAAUGAGACGACCAAAAAUACCCGCAACCCCUCCCCACCAGCCAUUCCGCAUACGAACGGAGUGAAUUUGAAGAGAUUAUUCCACAAAGUAUUCGACGGAAAGAGGAAGCAGCUGGUAGUUGGCAUCAAGAAGAAGUCUAUCGUCGCGAAGCACAGCAUUCAGCAAGGAGAGCAGAAGCUUAUCCACAGUCGCAAACGUUUCCUAGAAACCCGCAACGAUCAGAAUAUCUUCGGUGGGAAUUCAAAAGAUUCAAGAAAAUAUGUAAAUCCGAAUCAACAAUUCGACAGUUAUGAUUAUGGCCCGCAACAAAAGCACCAGCGCUCCGGAAUCUCGACGUCUCGAAUUUCAUUGGCCGACCCGUCGAAAGAACACGGGCAUCGCCAUCAUCACACUGAUCCGCUCAAUCGCAAGCAGUCGCACCCGAACCUACAACAAGCCUCUUCGCUGGAGCGUCCAAAGGAAGCCCUCCGCCCCUCGCAAUCUCAGGCUCCCCUCUCAACUCCGAAGGUCCAGCGUGCCCCCAGUUCGUACGAGGUCUACCAACAACGGAGCACCGAACCAUACCACGCGGGCAACUCGACUUUCUAUCCGGACGAGACCCAAUAUAACGGGGUAACCCCAAUGCCACAACAAAACAUCGCCCCACUCCAGAAUGGUCUGGUCAACCUCGGCAAUACCUGCUACAUGAAUGCCGUCGUACAAGCAUUAUCCGCUUCGGACACCAUGACCACAUUCUUUUUCAAUUCUGGCCAUACCAAAGUGCUACAGGACCGAACGCGGCAACAAGAAAUCAACUCCCAAGUCCAUGGCAGCAAUGGCGCCGUCACCAAGGCGUUCGGAACACUACUCCAGAAGAUGUACGGCAACAGGUGCACCGAGCAGGACGUCAGGGACUUCCGGGCCGUCGUUGGGGAAUACUCGCCUGAUUAUCGGACUUAUAAUCAACAGGACGCCCAAGAAUUCCUCAGCUGGUUGUUGGACAAGAUUCACGAAGAUUUGAAUUUGGCGAAGAGGGAUAAUAAUUGUAACUAUGGAUCGAGAAAUGGCAAUCAUUCUCCUGAUGAGGCACUGGCCGAAAGAAGAACUGCCCAUUUCUCGGUCAUUACAAACCUAUUUGAGGGACAAUUUGGCUCCUCGAUCACCUGCAACUCCUGCUUCUUCCAAAAAUCCAUUUUUGAGCCAUAUAUGUACGUAUCGCUGCCAAUCCCUCAUGACUCAAGCCAAAAGCGACCCCUCUACGUUACGGUAGUGCGGCCUGGUUGUUCAACAAUCACCAGAUACGGUAUUCGCGUCGAGGCAAAGGGGACAAUUUCGGAUGUACGAGCUUGUCUUUGUGAAGAGACGAAAAUACCAAACAACCAGAUGCUAUUACUCCAACUCACCACUGGUGGUUUUAGAAAUGGUUCCGCAGAAGCUGCUCAGAUAGCAAACGUAGCUGGGAAAGAAGCGUACGCGGUCGAACUACAACCAACCGUCGACCACUACAGCGAACAAUACAUCAACAUCGUCUUUGUCCUCGCUGUCCGUAACGGAGCGGUCGUUUUGAGGGAAACUGAGCCAUUCGUGAUCCGCAUCUCACGCCAAUGUACCUACGAAACUCUGGCAAAGAAGCUGUUUGAUGCCGCCAAGCCCUGCUUGACUCCAAAGAUCCAUGAUGCCGUACCAUUUGGGCAAUUCAAGCUGGCACUGGCGAAUGACUACAACCACAAUACAUAUAUCGACUCGACAGUGGCGAUGCCGUUGAUAACACCUGGAGUCGAACAAAGCAUCGAUCACAAUGAGAAAAGCCACUAUAAUCUGCCAAAAUUCAUCAAACUGGUCAUCGAGUUUCCAAAUCAUAAUCGUGCGUUGAUCCGACAGGCGCCAAGAGUCAUGAACCAUCGCAGUGCCGACUUCCUCGCUAGCGAUAAUGCAUCUUAUGAUUUGACGUUAGAGUCCUGUCUGAAGAGUUACACCACUGAGGAGAGUUGCGAGUGGCGUUGCGAGCGGUGCAAUGGCUCGAAGCCGAAUGGCGCGAAAAAGCGGUUGCUUUUCAAUUCUUGCCCUCAGAUUUUGAUUCUUCAUCUGAAGCGUUUCCGGCACGUACAGAAUGAGGUCGGAGAACCGAUGAAGAUCGACGUCUCGGUGAAGUUCCCGGCAGAAGGUCUCGAUUUGAAGCCAUAUGUGAACACCUCGCAGUCACUCAACCAUCGACGUGACAGCAUCGGGAAUAACAAGAUCAACAAAGAGAUGCAAGCCACCGUUUCUACCGCAGCUGGUGAUGACAAUCUGUACGAUCUCUUCGCCGUCGUCAACCAUCGUGGAGAUAGGGUCUCGAGUGGCCACUACACAGCCACGGUUCGGAACCCGCAAGAUGGCGUGUGGCGUACCUUUGAUGAUACGACCGUCACCAUCAACACCGACCCAUUGGAGCAGAGCGAAAACACCUAUCUAAUGUUCUAUGAGAAACGCUCCGUCAGGGUGCAGCGACAAAAUUCCAAGAAGAACCCCGACUCUAGGAGAUUGACAAAUGCACUAGCCCGCUUCACGCCACCGCGCGAGAAGGAGCCGUUGGCACCACAGAAGUCGAAUGGCCUCACCACUGACCAAGGGGCAUUCCGACGCGGCGAUGCAACUCGUCGAGCAGCAAAAGCAGCACUACUCCCCCUCCUCCACACCAGCAAAUACAGUUCUAAUGCCCAAGAAAUCCCGCUC